AUGCAUCCCCUCGCAUCCCCUCCUCUCCCCUCGCAUCCCCUCCUCUCCCCUCGCAUCCCCUCCUCUCCCCUCGCAUCCCCUCCUCUCCCCUCGCAUCCCCUCCUCUCCCCUCGCAUCCCCUCCUCUCCCCUCGCAUCCCCUCCUCUCCCCUCGCAUCCCCUCCUCUCCCCUCGCAUCCCCUCCUCUCCCCUCGCAUCCCCUCCUCUCCCUUCGCAUCCCCUCCUCUCCCCUCGCAUCCCCUCCUCUCCCCUCGCAUCCCCUCCUCUCCCCUCGCAUCCCCUCCUCUCCCCUCGCAUCCCCUCCUCUCCCCUCGCAUCCCCUCCUCUCCCCUCGCAUCCCCUCCUCUCCCCUCGCAUCCCCUCCUCUCCCCUCGCAUCCCCUCCUCUCCCCUCGCAUCCCCUCCUCUCCCCUCGCAUCCCCUCCUCUCCCCUCGCAUCCCCUCCUCUCCCCUCGCAUCCCCUCCUCUCCCCUCGCAUCCCCUCCUCUCCCCUCGCAUCCCCUCCUCUCCCCUCGCAUCCCCUCCUCUCCCCUCGCAUCCCCUCCUCUCCCCUCGCAUCCCCUCCUCCCCCCUCGCAUCCCCUCCUCUCCCCUCGCAUCCCCUCCUCUCCCCUCGCAUCCCCUCCUCUCCCCUCGCAUCCCCUCCUCUCCCCUCGCAUCCCUCCUCUCCCCUCGCAUCCCCUCCUCUCCCCUCGCAUCCCCUCCUCUCCCCUCGCAUCCCCUCCUCUCCCCUCGCAUCCCCUCCUCUCCCCUCGCAUCCCCUCCUCUCCCCUCGCAUCCCCUCCUCUCCCCUCGCAUCCCCUCCUCUCCCCUCGCAUCCCCUCCUCUCCCCUCGCAUCCCCUCCUCUCCCCUCGCAUCCCCUCCUCUCCCCUCGCAUCCCCUCCUCUCCCCUCGCAUCCCCUCCUCUCCCCUCGCAUCCCCUCCUCUCCCCUCGCAUCCCCUCCUCUCCCCUCGCAUCCCCUCCUCUCCCCUCGCAUCCCCUCCUCUCCCCUCGCAUCCCCUCCUCUCCCCUCGCAUCCCCUCCUCUCCCCUCGCAUCCCCUCCUCUCCCCUCGCAUCCCCUCCUCUCCCCUCGCAUCCCCUCCUCUCCCCUCGCAUCCCCUCCUCCCCCCUCGCAUCCCCUCCUCCCCCCUCGCAUCCCCUCCUCCCCCCUCGCAUCCCCUCCUCUCCCCUCGCAUCCCCUCCUCUCCCCUCGCAUUCCCUCCUCUCCCCUCGCAUCCCCUCCUCUCCCCUCGCAUCCCCUCCUCUCCCCUCGCAUCCCCUCCUCUCCCCUCGCAUCCCCUCCUCUCCCCUCGCAUCCCCUCCUCUCCCCUCGCAUCCCCUCCUCUCCCCUCGCAUCCCCUCCUCUCCCCUCGCAUCCCCUCCUCCCCCCUCGCAUCCCCUCCUCCCCCCUCGCAUCCCCUCCUCCCCCCUCGCAUCCCCUCCUCCCCCCUCGCAUCCCCUCCUCCCCCCUCGCAUCCCCUCCUCCCCCCUCGCAUCCCCUCCUCCCCCCUCGCAUCCCCUCCUCCCCCCUCGCAUCCCCUCCUCUCCCCUCGCAUCCCCUCCUCUCCCCUCGCAUCCCCUCCUCUCCCCUCGCAUCCCCUCCUCUCCCCUCGCAUCCCCUCCUCUCCCCUCGCAUCCCCUCCUCUCCCCUCGCAUCCCCUCCUCUCCCCUCGCAUCCCCUCCUCUCCCCUCGCAUCCCCUCCUCUCCCCUCGCAUCCCCUCCUCUCCCCUCGCAUCCCCUCCUCUCCCCUCGCAUCCCCUCCUCUCCCCUCGCAUCCCCUCCUCUCCCCUCGCAUCCCCUCCUCUCCCCUCGCAUCCCCUCCUCUCCCCUCGCAUCCCCUCCUCUCCCCUCGCAUCCCCUCCUCUCCCCUCGCAUCCCCUCCUCUCCCCUCGCAUCCCCUCCUCUCCCCUCGCAUCCCCUCCUCUCCCCUCGCAUCCCCUCCUCUCCCCUCGCAUCCCCUCCUCUCCCCUCGCAUCCCCUCCUCUCCCCUCGCAUCCCCUCCUCUCCCCUCGCAUCCCCUCCUCUCCCCUCGCAUCCCCUCCUCUCCCCUCCCGUCCCCUCCUCUCCCCUCCCGUUCCCUCCUGUCCCCUCCCCUCCCCUGCCCGUCCCUCCCCUCCGAUCUCUCCACCUCCAUCGCUCCCAUCCUAUCCCAUCUCUCCCUCCUCCCUCCCAUCCCUCCCCUUGCUCCGCAGAUGGCGGUGGAUAAUACAUCAAGGGAUGAGAUGAGAAGCUUGAUCUGUAUCUCAACAUCUCCUUCCCCUCCUCUCCGUCCCCUCCCCUCCCUCCCGUCCCUCCCCUCCCCUCCCUUCCCCUCCCUCCUCUCCCUUCCCUCCUCUCCCCUCCCUUUCCUCCUCUCCCCUCCCCUCCCUUCCCCUCCCUCCCAUCCCGUCCCGUCCCUCUCUUCCCUUUCCCUACGCUACCCUCCCCUUUCCCUUGCCCCGCAGAUGGCAGUGGACAAGACGCCAAGGGACGAGAAGCUCGAUGUGUAUCUCAACAUCUCCUUCCCCUCCCUGCCCUGCAACGGUGAGCGCAGCAGCGUUGACAUGCCUCUCUUCCCCAACCCUCUCCUUAAUCCCUUCCCUUGUUGUCUCCUUUCGUCCUGCCCUGCAGUGGACCCCUUCUCCCUCCUCUCCCUCCCCCCCUUCUCCCUCCACUCCCUCCCUUCCCCCCCCACUCCCCCCUCCCACCCUCUCCCCCCCCCUCAGAUUCGUCUGGACCGCCAUGGCCAGUUGGCAGACUCGCGGUGGCUCAAGGACCCCACAGGGGCAUGGCGACAGAGCAAGGGCAAGAAGCGCAAAGUUGGGGCAGACACGCGUGUGCUAUAUCUGAGAGGCAAGUCAUGCACAGACUCCCCUUCCCCUCCCCGUUCCCCUCUUACCACAGGACACACACAUGGACACACUCACGGAAAAUCUCCCACACCCCACCACGGGCAUGGGCAUGCACACGGGUACGGGCAGGCACACGUGGCAGGGGGGAAGAAGGGGAAGGCUGGGGAGGGGCAGCAGGAGGAGGAUGAGGAGGAGGAGGACGAGGAGGAGGCAGUGGGGCUGGAACAGAUGGUGCUGGAUGUGCAGAAAGCCAUGGCAGCAGGGGAGGGGUGUCAGCUGUACGGCCAUCUCGCAGUGGAGAGGGUGGCAGGCAACUUCCAUGUCUCGGUGCACGGCCAGUCGUACCUUGUGUUGCAGCAGGUCUUCUCAUCAGUGGGCGAUGUGAACGUCUCUCACGUCAUCCACUCCCUCGGUUUCGGAGUGCCUUAUCCCGGCCGCCUCAACCCUCUAGACGGAUUUGUCCGCAUCCUGCCGCCCCUCAAGGAGGGGGAGGACCCUGCCCGCUCCAGUGGCACUUUCAAAUACUUCCUCAAGGUGAGCCAUCUCCACCACACUUCACCACACUUCACCGCACUCCAAUGCACGUUGCUCCUUUCCAUCCUGCCGCCCCUCAAGGAAGGGGAGGACCCUGCCAGGUCUAGCGGCACUUUCAAGUACUUCCUCAAG